AUGCCAGAAGUGACGUACGUUAUUGAGCACGUCGAAGAGGAAGAGCCAGAAGGCUACAUUAUCCCUGAAUGGAGUCUUCGUGAAUAUAGAAACAUGGCUGCAGCAACCCACGCUGGUCCAAAUGCUAGAGUUAUCUAUACAAAUUUAUCAUCAGGCUCAUACAAUCACUUAAAUGAAUUCUUAAAGCCAGAGGAAGGUAAAGCAUCAGAAACCGAAUGUUAUAAGGAGGGUAUCAUGGAAAUUCUCCAAAGAGAAGGUAUCUCAAAGGAUAAAGUAUGUCUUCUCGAUCCAAAAGCAGAAGAAGAGAUCAAACCGGAAGAUUUGAAUAACUUUUCACAUUUCGUUUUCGGUGGUAUCUUAGGUGAUGACCCACCACGUGAUAGAACAAAGGAAUUACGCAAAUAUGGUUUCCCUGGUAGACACCUUGGUGCCCGUCAAAUGUCAACAGACACCGCAUUAGGUACAACAAAGAGAGUCAUCGUCGAUAAGAAGAAACUUGGUGAAAUUGACUUCAUCGAUGAUCCAACUAUUGUCUUUACAGCUCAAGAAUCUGUUGAUAUGCCUUACAGAUAUCUCAACGAUGGUACAGGUAAACCAUUAAUGGCACCAGGAAUGUUGGAACACAUUCGUAAGGAUUUAGACAAGAGUUUCGAUUUCUAA